GCGGGGGCGGCUGCUGCUCUUCUUCGGGUUCUGUCACGGUGUUGGUGGUGCCCAGCUCACCGGCCCCCUCCCCCUUCCGGCAAGCGUGGUCGCCAGAGAGGCUCUCUGAACCCUGCUCUGCCGAGUCCAUAGAGGGUCGCAGUGUCCGGCGGCGGAGGCGGCGAGCCCGUGGGCAGUGGGGGUUGGUCCCGUGGCUCUGGCCCCCGGUGCAGAAUGGCGACGGCGGUUCGGAUGAACAUCCAGAUGCUGCUGGAGGCAGCUGACUACCUGGAGCGGCGGGAGAGAGAAGCUGAACAUGGUUAUGCCUCCAUGUUACCAUACAAUAACAAGGACAGAGAUGCCUUAAAACGAAGGAACAAAUCUAAGAAGAACAACAGCAGUAGCAGAUCAACCCACAAUGAAAUGGAGAAGAAUCGACGGGCCCAUCUUCGUUUGUGCCUGGAGAAGUUAAAGGGGCUAGUGCCACUCGGGCCUGAAUCAAAUCGACACACUACUUUGAGUUUAUUAACAAAAGCCAAAUUGCACAUAAAGAAACUUGAAGAUUGCGACAGAAAAGCCAUUCACCAAAUAGACCAGCUUCAGCGAGAGCAGCGGCACCUGAAGAGGCAGCUGGAGAAGCUGGGCAUCGAGAGGAUACGGAUGGACAGCAUUGGCUCCACGGUCUCCUCCGAGCGCUCGGACUCCGACAGGGAAGAAAUCGAUGUGGAUGUUGAAAGCACAGACUAUCUCACGGGUGAGUUGGACUGGAGCAGCAGCAGCGUGAGUGAUUCCGAUGAGAGGGGAAGCAUGCAGAGCCUUGGCAGUGACGAGGGCUACUCCAGCUCCAGCAUCAAGAGAAUAAAGCUCCAGGACAAUCACAAGACGUGUCUUGGUCUAUGAGGGACAGUGGUCGCUUCGGCUGCUCCCCGGAUGGUUCUCCCUGUUGGAUCUGAUUAGGUAGUGUAUUGGACCUGCCCACAAUUCCCUUGCACGUCAACUUCAGUGUACCACCUUUACCAAAUCAGCUUUGUAAUCGUUUGCAAGGAAGUGCUUAGGAUCGUGGGUUUCUGAUUUCAUCCACUAGCUUCUCUUUCUCUCCAUAAAAAUUUGUCUCUGAGAGACUGUACAUUCCAAUCAUUUUGAAGCACCCAAGAAUUCUUAGACCGAAUAAGCAACUUUCACAUCUCAGCAAUUUCCCCUCUCUUAUUUACUGUCCCCAUGUAGCCUACCAGACCUUAAUGUUUUCUGGCUUACUAUGUUCCUUGCCUAGCAGAAAUGUAUGAAUGUGUCUUGUGCUUGGGAAACUGAAGGAAACAAGCUUCUAAAGUUGAGAUCCUGAUCUCAGAACUCCAAAGUAAGCUUUGAAAGUGGCAUGUAAGAGUGCUUAACCAUGGACCUCACCCCAUGAGGAGUCAGGAAUACCUCCAGAAAACACCCCUCACACACCCUGUGCCCGUUCCCCAGAACCACGUGUGGAUGGGAGCAGUGUCUCUCUCUCAGAUGGACUCCUGGAGAGCAUGGCUUUGGGGUUGCACAGCUUAUGACAGUUGCGAUACUGUUCUCACGAACACAAGGGUACAGCCUAAUUUUGUGCAAUGUCUGGGACCGCGCUGUGCACUAUCCCCAGCACACAUUUCUUCUCGAAGUUUGUUAUGCGACUUGUCUCUGGAACAUUUUUUUUUCCUACCUCAGAGAUAAAUGAGAUCUCCAUUUCCCACUUAACACAAAGUGAUUAUGCCUCUUUUUUUCCCCCCGAAUAAGUGACAUUUGGUCCAAUUCUAAUGUAUUUUCCUAUUUAACUUUCAGCAAUAACUGAACUUUGGCACUAGCUGAGCUAGUGUCCAUCAUCAGUGAAAGGAAAAGUCCACAUUUCUACUCUGUUGCAGGUGAACAGGAGGGGAGGGUACAAAGUUACUAGAAUUCCUCUCCUUGUUUUCAGACACACCCGGAAACUCCUUCAUGGAGGCUUUUGGGUUGAUAGUUUAAAGGCUGGUUUUUCUUUUUGGUUAUUUCUCCCUUAAGUGGUCUCCCACUUUGUAGCAUUUUUAUUUAAGCUAAAACAGAGCACAUGUAUAUGUACAUAAGACACAUUAAAUCUAUAAAUACUAUUUAUUCAUUUUAUAUAAACUAAUGUAAUGGAAAAUAAAUUCUUAUGACUUUGUGCUUUUAUAGAUGUUCUAGAAACUUUGUAUGUAGGUAUCUACCAAUUUGGUUCAUUCCCCUUAUUUUUGCAUUCAUAUUUUUGAGGUCUUGAUGUUUUCAGCCUCUGAUGAAUCUUUUCCAUUGAAUUUAAACCAUUUGUAAAUCUGUGACACUGAAACAGAGUGUAUGUCACAAAGUGAUGAGAACAUUCCUAAAAUCCACAGACGCACUGCAACCUAAGGGCUCAAUGGCUGAGCCAGUCCUGGGCCCGCCCUGCGCGCCCGCUGGCUGCGGUCUCCAGCACGCCACAGCCUCAACUCCAGCGCCUCCACCUUCACACAACCAAAUGUUCAAACACUCGACACAGAAGCUCCUUCUGGACGUGAAGAGCAAUGUCAACAAAGCAAGAUUACUUUUGUGUUUUUUCUUUUUAAUGAUUCUUUAAUGUAUUAAAAAAAUUUUUUAAUUGGAAGUAGUGGAUUGUUAAAUGAUCCCAAAGUCAUGUGUAACUCUUCUGUGUUUGUUUUGUUCUAGUUUUUCCUUCAUUUCAGCUUUGGUUGGGGGGAGGGGCAGGUGACACACAGUUUUUUAUCAUUGGAAUCUUUUCCAAUUACCAGCUGAAGAUUUGCACUGAACUACAACUUGUAUGCCUUCUGCAUUUUUAAAGCCUGCUUCCUGAAUUUAAGCAGUGAUAGUGUUUAAAGAGCCAGCUCAGCCUGUAACAUGUUUGAAAAAGAUACGUCUGCACUUUGAGGUCCCUUUCGAAUGCCAUUCGCUAGACCUCACAAGCGUUUUUGUUUAAUUGCUACGUUCAAGCGCCUCACAAGUCCACGAUGCUGAAUGGCAGCAAAAGCUCAAGACUUAGGGAAAAGCUUGUGGGCUUGCACUGGGGGAGGGAAGGGAACAACAUUUGUGUAAUUUGUUUAAUUUAGAAAUAAGGCAUCUGAGAAAUGCCAUUAUUUUCUGUGUUUUAACUGUUGUGCCUUUGAGUUAAACUGCAUUUUUGUCUUUUGGUUGAAAUUUGAAAUGUACUGUCCCAAUAUAAAACCGUAAUUAUUUGACCUUCGCACUGUUUGUCUGGUCCUUUUCAAUUUGACUGCACAGAAAUGUGGAACUUGAUAGAUCGCUAUAUUUUUAAUGCACUUGUGAUAAACUGACACCAGGGUUAAACAUUACUUUCAAAACUCGAGGUAGACCAAAUUAGCAUGCUAGACGGGCCUCUCUGACCAAAACUGUAACCUUCAGGACCAGCAAACUCAGCCCAAGGCAGCUAAUCCCCUUCCCUACAUGGCUGAUGGGCAGCAUGAUUCGCCAAUCUGUCCUCUCGUUCACUGAUCCACCAGCUUGACUGUUAAGAGCUACACAGUCUUUUUGGGUUUUUGUUUUUUUGUGUUUUUUUUUAAGCGAAAUGAAAAACCUUUCUAUUAGAGUUUCAGGGGAGGGGAUGGACAAAGAGAUAUACCCCAGCCUUUAAGAUUUUGACAACUGUACGUAAAUAGAGAUGUGUAUAAAUAUAGACACAUGCAUAUUUUUAUGUGAAAAUUGAUUUUUAAAAACUAAAAAGCAAUCUAAACUACAUUCUUAUUGAAACCAUUGCAAUGCAAAUGGGAAGAGUACCUAGUCCAAUUUAAUUUUAUGCAGUGAGAAAAUAUAUGAGUGUGCUUCUGUUAACAUCCCAGAAAAUGUAACUGCACAAACCUGUUGGCUUUGAAUGGCAAGCUGAGCACCCAGGGCACUUUUGUUUGUGUUCUUUUGCUAAGCAGGGAUCUUGAAGUCUUCAAGGUGCUCAUAGCGACUGCUGGUACCUUUCUCUAGUUAGUGGUUCAAAGAGCAUCACAUUUCUGAGCAGAACCCAGAGUCCUGUCCCUGUCAACCCGAGACUGAAAUAAUUUCAGUUUCCAUUCAGAAUCGAGCACUAAGUAGGCCCUGACCCUGCACUUGGUUGUGUGAGUAGUUUUGGCUUUUGUAAAGUGGGCAUUUUCCUUUAACCUCUACUUUUUCAAAACAAACAAAGGAACCUUACCUGGGUUCCCAGUGGGCCUCUCUUCUUCAUCCCUCAAGUGGCCAAGAGCAGAUCCUGGGGGAGGGGGGGAGAAAGUAUAAACUAGGUAGGAUUGUAAUAUUCAAAAUAACUGUCUAGCAAUAUCUUGGGGCUUGCUAAUGGAUUUUUGGGGGGGGGGGCUUUUUUCUUCUUGCCUCUCCCCACCCUUUAGAGAGAAAAGUUAUUUCUGCAAAGUAUAUACAUACAAUUAUUUAGGUUUUUUUGUUUUUUUUUUACCAUGUUGUAUUGGCAAGAAUAUCACUUUCACUGUGCUUUAUAAUCUAUUUAUUCCCCCAAUCUUGGUCUUUACUUGUUUCUCCAAGUUUCUUUGUCUUCCCCUUUACCUGCCCUGUGUGUUGAGCACCAGGAAAUUAAUGGUUGCAAGACAUUUUCCUGCAAGGCAAUCUAUUCUCUUUUCUAUGUCUAACUCUUGGAUGCAGUAUGUUUAGGUAGCUGGCUACUUGUGAUUUUAAUCCUUUCUGGGAGAAGACCCAAAGGUCCUUUUAGAUGAGGUGGUAUUUCUCCUUCUACAUGAUUAGAUCUCUUUGUUUUUGAAGAUACCUGGGGGUUGAGGGGAGGGCUGCGACAUAAGAUUUAUCAUGAUUUUUUUUAUUAAUAUUACAUGGGUGAUUUUCGUACAUUCUUCUGAAAGAAGAAAUAAUUGCCUGGCACUGCUAAUCAGCUACUGAAUGGCUGAAGAAAUCGAGUAUCUUUGUCUUCUCUCAAAAAUCAUUAAAUGAGAAUUAGUAAGACACUCAAUUCUAACAUUUAUCCAGAUUUUUCAUUUUGAUUUCUUAUUCUCUCUAGGUGGUAAGGGGUUGAGGGGGGUGAGGGGGACAGUCUUGAUUUUACCUGAGAACCAAACUUGCCUUUCCCCUGUGUCCCUAGAUUUGGUGCUCUGGGGAUGUUGCUGUUAACCUUGAGUGUUGGGGCCAUCUUCCUAGUGGUGAACACCCUACACAGGGAGCAGAUGACAGUAUGCAAUUGUUUCCAGAUGUUUGUGUAAAUACGACGCCAAUGUAAAUCCUGUGUCAAGACAUAGAGAAUGGUGCUUUUUACUCUAGUUAGCACAUGCGUUUUUAGAACGACUACAUGUUUUAGAGACUUUGUUGUGUAUAUGUAAACGUCUGUAUUGUUCAACUGUUAACAAAGAAUAA